AUGUCGGAGGAGCGGUCGCGGCGGCUGUCGCAGAUAUUCGACCCGCUGUCCCGGUUCACAAACCACACCGGGUCGGGUCAAUCAGCCAGCACGCCUAACAGCCCGCGGUUGUUGCCGAGACGGUCUAGGGAGCCGCCGCCUCCACCACCUAGGCCGCUCGGUCAUCCAUCGCACAUGGACCCUUUGGAGUACGAGUUCGCAGCAGUGGAGUUUGAGUCCGUGAAUUGGCAGCAGCGGUGUCUCGAACUGCAGUUGGAACUGCACAGGAGCCGACAUCAGGCAACGAGAGUCCGCGACAUGCUGAGAGAUAAGGUAGGUAAAGAUAACUUGUAA